AUGAGCAGCAUCAAGUGCUCAGUUUGUGGUGAUGAUUCCCGAUGUGGAUACAACUACUCAGCAAUUUCAUGCGUAAGCUGUCGUACAUUCUUCAUUAGAAACUCUACCAGAGCUGAGAAACUAAAAUGCAUCAAAGACAAUCAAUGCCAAAUAGACGUUGCAACGCGCAAGUGCUGUUCGCUUUGCCGCUACUCGAAAUGCAUCUCAGUCGGGAUGAAAGUGAAGCACUCCGGCAGCACUCAUGUUGAUGAUCAGCCCACCAAAGACGAUCAAUCAAGUUCAGCCCUUGAGUUUCUUCAUCAUCAAAUCGACCGACUUCAUAUUUCAACUACCCAUCAAGACAACGAAAAAGUGGUGGCUUCGCAACAAACACCCAUGGAGGUGGCGAGUGGACCGAAAGUACAACACCGAAAGAGGACCUACGCCAGUAGCCUUGGUGAAUGUGAACGACAGCUGAUCUACGAGCUGCAGAAUGCCAUGUCAGUGUUUGUCGAUGAGCGCACGCUGCCUGAAUCAAGGGAGACUUGUGCAAUAGAAGAUCUGAUCAACUGGCCAACCGUCUACGCCCGUAGAAUUAUCACAUUUUGCAAGAACUUGCAGUCUUUCAAGUCGAUGCACUCCGACUCUCAGCUGCUGAUACUAAAGGCGUUCUACCUUCCACAGCUGCUCAUUCGCGCAAUGUUCAACUACGAUGUCAAACGCGAAGGGUAUCCCGUUUUAGAA